AUGGAACCGGAAGAUCGAGUGGGACGGAUUCAUAAGGAUGCGUUUGUCAUCACAACGGGGUGCGGUCUCGCACUUGCUCUCCUCGGCGCAACCAUUCGCUUCCUCAUUCGGAUCCGCGUCCAAAGACAGCACAUCACCAUAGACGAUGGAUUCCUGAUCCUGGCGGUCAUCCUCCUAAUCACGUUCAGCGCCCUCAUGUACGAAGAGGUAGUCGGUCCGAUGUACCUGUUCGCCGCUCUACAAAAUGGCGUUGAGGGAGUGACCAUCGACAAUUCAGACAUCGUACCUAUGACAUACCGGUAUCACAAGUUUACGAUCGUCUGUGGAAUGCUGGGCUGGACGUCGUUCAAUGCCGUCAAGUUUAGCUUCCUCUUCUUCUUCCGGAAAAUCAUCCAUCAUUUGCGCUACUGGCGCAUGUAUUGGUGGUUCGUGGUGGCUUAUACGUCGUGUCUGUUCGUAUAUGGGCUUUUGGUGUAUUAUCUUUCAUGUCCGUAUAUCGACGAUCCAAGGAUAUUUCAAUGCAACGCCGGGACCGAAAAAAAUAGAAAUAUCAUCCAUUCAGCCGUAAACAUUGCCCUGGACAUAGUCGGCGAUUUGCUCAUUCUUGCGAUCCCUGUCCUUCUCAUCUGGACUAUUCGUAUCCAACGCGUCCAGAAGUUGAUCCUCUCGUGCUCUCUCUGCCUCACCAUCUUCAUCAUUGGCUUCUCUAUUAUCCGCGCUGCCGGCCUCGUUCAUAACGGUGCCGUCGACACCACUUGGGCAAUGUUCUGGCACUUUAUAAUUGCAGAGGUUGGUGUCCUGGUGACUAGCGCAACGGCGUUUCGGUCGUUUUUCGUAGCUAGAAAGAAUUCCCGUCAGGGGACAUACGACAGACGGGGUAGGGUUGAUAAGGCAGAUAGGGUGAAGGGUAGGCCAUUUCGGGGGUGGAGAGAUGGAACAAGAGGUAAUGGUGUGGAUGAAAAUGGGAUGGGGCUCGAGAUGGAGGAGGGUUUGUAUGAUGCGGAUCGGGAUACAAUGCCUCUUAGGCCUGACAUAGUGCUUGGGAAAGGGUCGCGAUGA